CAUCUCUUAUCUUCCUUCACGUUCUUUUCCCCCUUUUUUUAGGGUUUGUUUCUCCCAUUCCCUCUUCCUCUUUCAAACAUCUUCUUCUUCUUCAACCUUCUCUGUUCCUUUAUUACUUGCAAAAAAAAUGUCUUUUUUCUGGGCUGUGCUCACCUUGAAGGUUAGGGUUUAGAGUAGGUUUUGGUUUUUCUUUCUCCUCCUCUUCUUCUUCAUUUGUCGUUGGUUUGGAGUAGUUUUCGCACAGUUUUACGGGUGGUUCUUAUUGAAGAUUAGUGCUUCUGCUUCGUUUGGUUCGGUUUUCUGUUGGAGUUUUGGGCGGGAAAUCAGGGCUUAGAAAACAGGAGUGAAGGAGGUUUCACUGAACUUUUGAGUCAUAGGAUAGUCUUAUUUUGAGAUUGUCCCCUGUUUCUGUUUCAAUUGCUCGCGGGUUCGGCCUCGUGUAAUUCAAUUUUUCUUCAAGACCAUUUCUAUCAUUGAAGUAUUCUGGAAGUUAGUGGCUUGUUCAAAAUUCAAACAAGCCAUACAGGAAUAAGCUGAGGUUCUUACCUUCUGUGGAGAAAGAUCGUUCUGGAUUUGCCCAUUUUGUUUUCUAAGUGAGAGAAAGAGAAAAAGAUGAUUGGGACGGGCUUCAUCGACGAUCUGGACAUUGACCUGUGUGGUGGUUUCUUCGACCAAAUCGAUGAUUUGUUAGAUUUUCCGAUAGAGGAUGUCGAGUGUGGUGGUGGUGGUGGUGGUGGUGGUGGUGGAGGGGAAUGCGAUGGAUUCGAAGGUGCUUGGCUUCCUCCACCACCCACCGACGGUUUGGCAGGUUCUAUAACCACCGGUUUCCCGGGCAAGAAUGACGAUAACACCACCGGUUUCCCGGGUAAAACUGGUGAUAACACCACCGUAGAGCUUCCUACAGAGCUAUCUGUUCCGCAUGAAGACAUUGCUCAACUGGAAUGGUUAUCCAAUUUCGUGGAAGACUCGUUUUCGGCUGGGAGCAUCACCAUGGAAAAUGAAUCAUGUGGUAACAUCAAUAUUAAUAAUAAUAAUAGCAGCAACAUCAAGAAGGAGGUGGAGUUGGACAACAAGGAAUCCCACCACCGGUUCCAAACUUCCAGCCCAAUCUCUGUCCUUGAGAGCAGCAGCUCCUGCUCAGGGGCAAGCGGGAGUAGUAGUAGUGGAUACAGAACGAUGCCUCUCAGUCCUGAGACAUUCGUUCCUGGACGUGCUCGUAGCAAACGCCCACGACCUGCUAUCUUCAACCCUCGCUCACUCAUCUCGCUCGUCUCUCCCACCUCAUCCAUCACCGACGCCAAUCCCUUCUCUAGUUCAGAAUCAGCAUCCGAACUCGACAAUUACUAUGGCGACUCACAUCAUGUGAAGAAGAUACAUUUUAAAUCACUUGGUGUUACGGAUGCGCAGCAACAACAGAAGAAGAAGAAAAAGAAAAAGAAGUUGCCACCACAACCAUUUCCAGCAUCAUCAGAUCAACACUACCCUCAACCAGCAGCUGGUGUUAGGAAAUGCCUGCAUUGUGAAAUAACAAAGACCCCGCAAUGGAGAGCAGGACCUUUGGGACCAAAAACACUCUGCAAUGCAUGUGGAGUAAGAUACAAGUCCGGCCGCCUCUUCCCGGAGUAUAGACCCGCCGCCAGCCCAACUUUCGUGGCGGCGAUACACUCCAACUCUCACAAGAAGGUGGUGGAAAUGAGAAGCAAGGCAGUCCAGGACUCACCCCUCAUCACAACGCCCGAAUUGGUCCCCAAUGACAACUCUCUGUUUCACUACAUCUGAGAGACGGAGGAGGAGGAGGAAUUUUUCUGGUUAUUUUGCGUAGUGUCCAUUUGUUUGUUCUUUGGUUUUUUGUAUAUAAUGGGAGGGAAGGGAGGAUGAAUAGUGGAUUAGGACCAUAUUGUAGCCGGUAGAGUUAAGAAAAAGAGGAGAAAGGAGGAAGAGGGAGUUUGGGAGGGCUCUGAUAGGAGCGUAGGGAGAUUAGGUGUAGGGAUAUGCUGCUCAGGUUCUUCGUUGUUAUUUGAAAUUUGUGUUAUUUUAUCCCUUUUAGUUUUUGGGAA